AUGUCUGUCAAGGCCUUCAUCUACGCCUACCGCAAACCCGGUCUCUCCCUCGAGGACUUCAAGACCCACUACGAAGCUCACGUCGAGCUCAUCAAGCGUCUCACCAGCGACGACUUCCCGCUCUCCCACAAGCGCAGCUACGUCGCACGCAACGCCGUCGAGGUCGCCGCAGAGGGCGCCAGCGAACGAAACACCAUGACUCCAGCCACGGUGAUUGUCGGACAACAGUCUGACUUUGACUUUGACGCCUACGCCGAGUUGACCUUUACCGACCAGGCUGCUUUCCAAGCCUUCGGUGCCAAGGUCUACGCUCCCGAUGCUGCUGCUCAGAUUGCGGCCGACGAGGAGAAGUUCCUGGACAAGUCGAAGCUUGGAAUUGUGAUGCUGGGGGAGGUUAUUGAGACGACUAAAUAG